UCAGAGGAAGCUUUUCCAAUAUUGAAAUACCUUCUUCUCAAAUACGCGGACGACUGUGUUCAAAAUUCGUCGUUGAAAUUUGGAACACAGAAUCUCCAUCUCCCUCCCUCCGUCCAUCACACAGACAGCCGCACUACUCUCUCUGUAGCCAUGGAUAUUGACCCAGAUGAUCUGUUUAGAGAUGACGACGACGACCAAGAUAAUGACUAUUAUCAGGAUAGUAAUUAUGGCAAAGAAAUGGUUGUUUAUCUAGUCGAUGCUUCUCCUAAGAUGUUCAAUUCCGUGACUGUUUCAGCAGAUCAAAAGGAAGAAACUCAUUUUCAUACUGCUGUCAGUUGUAUUUCCCAAUCGUUGAGGACACAAAUCAUCAAUAGAGCUAAUGAUGAACUUGCAAUUUGUUUUUACAACACUAAAGAGAAGAAAAAUUUGCAGGAUCUGAGUGGUGUUUAUGUAUAUAAUGUCGCCGAAAGAGAGGAUCUUGAUAGGCCAACAGCAAGGCUCGUAAAAGAAUUUGCUUGUAUAGAGGAAACGUUUAUGAAAGAAAUAGGGAGUCAGUAUGGAAUUAUAUCCGGGUCUCGGGAGAAUUCCCUUUACAAUGCAAUCUGGGUUGCACAAGGAUUGUUACGCAAGGGAUCUGCAAAAACCAUAGACAAGCGGAUGCUCUUGUUCACAGAUGAGGAUGACCCUUUUGGAAGGAUCACUGGUGCAACACAGAAAGAUAUGAUAAGAACGACACUACAACGGGCAAAAGACACACAAGAUCUCGGCAUCUCAAUCGAACUUCUCCCCUUGAGUAGGCAAGAUGAGGAAUUCAACACAUCCCUUUUCUAUGCUGAGUUAAUUGGAUUGGAGGGCGAUGCUCUUGCUCAAUUUAUUCCUUCAGCAGGAGAAAAAUUGGAAGAUAUGAAGGAUCAGUUGAGAAAGAGAAUGUUCAAGAAACGCAGAAUCAAAAGAAUCACUUUAUCCAUAGCUGGUGGUAUUUCUAUCGAAGUGAAUACAUAUGCUUUGAUUCGUCCAACUGUUCCUGGGGCAAUUACAUGGCUUAAUUCUGUUACCAAUGAACCUCUAAAGACUGAAAGGUCGUUUAUUUGUGCGGAUACUGGUGCAUUAGUGGAGGAACCUGCCAAACGUUUUCAACCAUAUAAAAGUGAGAAUAUUAAAUUCUCCACAGACGAGCUAGCAGAGAUCAAAAGAGUUUCAACUGGUCAUCUCCGACUUCUUGGGUUCAAACCCUUGAGUUGCUUGAAAGAUUAUCAUAAUCUGAGGCCAUCAACAUUUCUGUUCCCUAGUGAUGAGGAGAUAAUAGGAAGUACGUCUACUUUUAUUGCGUUACAGAGAUCAAUGUUACGGUUGGGUAGAUGUGCAAUUGCAUUUCAUGGUAGUUCAAGUCAUCCCCAAUUGGUUGCUCUUGUUGCACAAGAGGAGAUAACUAGUCCCAGUGGUCAAGUUGAGCCUCCAGGAAUGCACAUGAUAUAUCUUCCAUAUUCGGACGACAUUAGAAACAUUGAAGAGCAAUUUAUGAAUGCGAAUUCUGUGACACCUCGAGCAACUGAUGAUCAAAUAAAGAAAGCUGCUGCUCUAGUAAAACGUGUGGACUUGAAAGACUUUUCAGUUUGUCAGUUUGCAAAUCCAGCCUUGCAGAGACAUUAUGCUAUACUGCAAGCCUUGGCUCUUGAUGAAGAUGAGAUGCCGGAGCUAAACGAUGAAACUUUACCAGAUGAGCAAGGCAUGUCAAGACAGGGGAUCGUUAAAGCUCUUGAGGAAUUCAAGGUUUCUGUGUAUGGUGAAAACCAUGAUCAGGAGGAAGCUGAUGCUGCCUUUGCAACGACUGAGGCUUCAAAAAAACGAAAGGCAAAUGCUGAGAAUGCAUCUAAGGAGGCGGAAAAGUAUAACUGGCCUGAGCUUGCUGAACAAGGGAAGCUGAGCUAUCUAACAGUGGUGGAUCUAAAACGCUAUCUGACAGCGCACAACCUUCCUCUCAGUGGGAAAAAGGAUGAUUUGGUCAAAAGGAUCUUAACUCACUUGGGGAAGAAAUAAGUAAAGUUUGGUUACCUAACCGAUAUCUAUUCUAAUCGUUUCUAGAAAUAGUUUUGAAAUUUACUCCUUAAUUUUAACCAUAUGUAAAAGAUGGGACUCAUAAAAGGUUUUGAAUGGACUGUCUUUUUAACUGAGACGAAUGAACUUCAAAGGUUUAACACCCAUCUUCUUUUGUGCAAUCUGAGGAACCUUCUGAAAAAAA